AUGGAGGUCGGAUUGGUGGAUGAAGAGCAGGUUCGGAGUGAACGUAGCCCGGCGCCGAGCAUCAUCAAGCACGCGACGCAGAGACAUCUGAGGCCAGCCAGGGCGGUGAGGUUUCGAAGUAAAGACAGCAUCUUUGAGCUCAAGGACGCAAUCGCGCAAAGCGACGACGGUUGGGAAACAGAUACCGACUCGGACGAAGACGAUACAAUCCCUCGGAUACAGCCUCAACAGAACGCCAUGUCACAAAAGGUCUACCGGUUGGGCAUGUUGACGGUUCUUCUUGCUUUGAUGCUGCCCAUCCUUCAGAUGUGUUCAAUGUCGCCACAGGGAGUUAGAGCAGGUGUCAUACCACAGACUUCGAUCGAACCCACCGUUUCGCGAUUGGACAGGAGGGACUCAAGCACAGACGUGUGCAAGCGUUGGGCCGGUCAAUCCGCCGUUGUCAACGGAACGCUCUACAUGUACGGGUUUCGAACUAGCAACGAUUCGCAACAGAAGAGCGAUACAUGGACCAACGAUUUCCUUUCUCUCGAUUUAACAAAAUCAUGGCAAGUUGCCGGUCCUUCGCUCACGAGCCUGUCGCAACCGUCAGGCCCACCAGCCGUGUCACUCGGAUACCUGUGGAAUUCGCUCUCGUCCCUCUACCUUUACGGCGGCGAGUUCUCCGAAGAGCCUGUAGAGUCGCCAACAGCAAAUUCGCUCUGGGAAUACAAGAUUAGCAGCAAGGAAUGGGUAGAGCACAAGGACCCAAAGAGUUCUGCCGGAGACAAUGCUGAGGACGCUGGACAGUCGAUCCAAAGAGCAGCUGAAGGCUCAGGCUUCAGUGUGGCAGUUUUGGGGCGUGGGUGGUACUUUGGCGGACAUGAAGACUACCUCACGACAAAAGACUGGAGCAACCAGGUUGGAAGGAUCUAUCUCAAGUCGCUCCUCGAGUUUACGUUCCCUGGAUAUUCCAACAACGCUGUCGACGAUCUGAAAGAUGGCAAAACGGCUGGCGAAGAUGGCGUCUAUCGUAACAUUACCGAGGGUGGUCUCCAAAGUUCUGGAUCCUUCCCUGAGCGCGCUGAUGGUGUCCUGGUGUACAUUCCCGGAUUCGGUGCGGAAGGUACCUUAAUUGGCGUCACGGGCGGAGACAACGACACUUUCGCCCAAAUGAACGUCAUUGACGUCUACGACAUCGCCAAUUCGACCUGGUACAAGCAAAACACCGCCGGAAAGACGCCCAAUGGCUCUUCGUACAAUGUCUACAUGUACGGCGGACAGAGUCUGCAACCUGCAGGUAAUCAAGAGCAAUACGACGACAUGUGGAUCCUCUCCGUCCCCUCCUUCACCUGGAUCGAAGUCGACCCCGACACGUCCAAGUCGUCUUCCCCUCCCGCCCGCGCCGGCCACUCUUGCCACGUCUGGGACUCUCAGAUGAUUGUCUUAGGCGGCUACACCGAUCCAGAACUCGGCUGCGACACCCCCGGCAUCUAUGCAUUCAACAUGUCGAGUCUCGGCUGGAGCGACCAAUUCACCGCCCUCACCGGCGACAAAGCCCUCAAAGCCUACAACGGCAACGAAGGCGACGAAGGGAACCCACUAGGCCAACAAGCCAACCAGCGUGGCUUCGACCACAAAGCCGGCCUUGAAGGCAGUUACGGCUACUCCGUCCCCAAAGAAGUCCAAUCAGUCAUCGGCGGCAAGGAAACCGGCGGCGCGACACUUACCGCGCCCGUACAGACGCCCACCGACGGCCCCUACAAGUCCGGCACGCCGCAGACGUACACCGUGACGGGUCCCAACGGCGCCAUCAUCACACAGACAGUCAGCUCAGGCAACGACAACAGCAGCGCCAACAAAGCCAACAAGAUCGGCGCCAUCGUCGGCGGCGUCCUCGCAGGCGUCUUCUUCUUCGUCGCCGCGUACUUUGCCUUCUGCGCGUGGAUCUACCGCAAGCAGGUCGCCAUCUGGAAAGAACACGCUGCGAUGGUGACCGCGCGGUCGAACGCGGAGAAGAACGGCGCUAUGGGUGGUGGUGCGGGUGCUGCGUUCCUCGGCAGCGCGAUAGCCUCCUCGGGCAAGAACUCUACGGAGAGGGCGCAGCGCGAUGGGCUGGGUACGAGCGGGAGCGGGACGGCGAGCGCGAUACGGACGAGCAACGAGAGGACGGGCACUUCCUACACGGGUGCAGCUGGCGUUGCAGGGGCCGGCGGUGUGGAUGCGCUGGGGAGGAGGACGAGUGUUUUGAGCUCGACGGACGAUUUGCUGGAUGGGCAGGAGCCUGCGUUCUGGGGGGACGCGGGGUGUGUUGUUGAAUCCGAGGAGGAGUUUGAGGGUCAUUAA